AUGCAUCUUCCCAAUGCGACUAGGUAUCUCAUAUUCGCGCUGCCGUUCAUUCUGGGCGCCUCUUCGAGCCCCGGGGUGCGCAGCAACAUCAACCCCGCGCGCGACGCCCGCGAAAUUUUCAUGCGAGACGACAACGGCGACUGGGCCCAGUGCGGCAAAUGGUGGCGAAAGGAUCGAGACGACGACGACACGGACGGCGACAUGGACAACGACGCGCAGAUGGAAAACUUCGAGGAUGACUACGCUAUCAGAAUUUGCAUGUACGCAGAGUAA